AUUAUUCUUACCUCCAGGUUUAAAAGACAUAAUCCUAAAUAAUCUCGUGGCCUAAAUGAGGCCAAUGAUAUUAAGUUCAUAGAUUUUGAACCAAUUUAUUAAAUCUAAAUGUAUUUUCUAUGAUCCGGGGAAAAGAUUCUCCAAUUAUCUCCACGUUGAACACGAUCAUCUGUCAAAAGAAAGCGAAAAAUAUAUCCAAGUCGGUUGCUUUUUGUAUUUGCUGUGAUUCGCUAAGUUUGAUCUUGCUGCUUUCUUUUGUUAAUAUAAAGCCUUGACCUCACUCUCUGUUGCACUUCAAACUCAACUUGAUCUGAUAACGAGAGAGAUAAAGGAAAGGAGGAAGGCCUCACACUCAGGCCCUGAAGAUGAAGAUGGUGAAUUUCGAAGAAUGGAAACCUUUUGUGGCAAUGAUGGCUAUUGAUUUCGCUUUCGCUGUUGUGAAUAUUCUUCUCGAGGAAGUCCUGCAAGAGGGUAUGAACCCAUUGGUUUUAGUCACGUACCGUUUGUCCGUUGCUUGCAUUUUCUUAGCACCAAUUGCUUUCUUCUGGGAAAGAAAUGGCAGGCCAAAGCUCACGGUUCGAAUUUUAUGCUACCUCUUCCUCAGUGCAUUAGUUGGGACAUCACUCACACAGUACUUCUACCUUCUGGGAAUCCAUGACACCUCUGCUACCUUCGCUUGUGCCUUCAUUAACAUGGUGCCUGUGGUCACAUUCAUCAUGGCAUUUCCUUUCGGGUUAGAGACUGUGAACAUAAAAGGCAACAGAGGGAGAGCCAAGAUACUUGGCACAGUGGUGUGCAUUGGAGGAGCAUUGUUAUUGACACUGUACAAAGGAAAGCCCUUGUUCAGUUAUUCUCAAAGUGACGCUGACAGGCAUAUGGUUUCUGCAGUAAAGCUAGCUUCUCCUCCGAGGAACACAGGGAGAUGGACCACUGGUGUGAUAGCUCUGGUUGUGGGUACGGUAUUGUGGUCAUCUUGGUUUCUCUUGCAAGCAAAAAUAGGAAAGAGGUACCCCUGCCAGUAUUCUAGCACAGCUAUCAUGACAUUCUUUGGAGCCAUUCAAUCUUCUGUUCUUAGCUUGUCCACUUCUCGGAACUCGUCUAUGUGGGUUCUCAAGGAAAACAUGCAAAUACUCACUGUUCUGUUUUCUGGGAUGGUCGGAUCUGGUUUGUGUUUUGUGGGGCUGUCAUGGUGUGUGAAGAAAAAGGGUCCUGUGUUCACUGCAUCAUUCAGCCCUCUUGUUCAGAUAAUGGCUGCCAUGAUUGACAUUCCUAUCUUGCACGAGCCGCUUCAUGUUGGAAGUUUGAUGGGAUCCAUCUUGGUGAUGGUGGGAUUGUACAUUCUGCUUUGGGGCAAGAACACAGAAACGCAGAAUCAAGAGUGUGUGACUAAGCUAUACCAACAAGAUGGAGAAAUCAGGGGACAAGAACCUCAAAUACAACAAAUCAUAGUCUCCAAUGAUUAGCGGGGUCCUUCAUUUUUUUCAGACCUAAUUCCCCUGCAACUACCUUGUGCUCUCAUAA